AUGAAACGCUGCAUAAUUUGCCUCCACAACGACAUAGAUACCAUUUUCGUACCUUGUGGUCAUUUUACUUGUUGCAGACAGUGCGCUAGAAAAAUCGAAAAAUGCGCCAUCUGUCGCGUCCUCAUUCGAAAGACAUAUUUGGUGUUUUUUGCGGUUUAG